AUUCGAUCAGUCUUGUGUAAGUGCAUCUGAUAUUAUUACAACAGCGUUAGAUUAUCUAUUGUCAAUUUUGUCAAUAUAUUUUUACCGAGUCGGUUGAGACACGUUCGCGCGCAUAGUGAAUUUCAAAAAAAAAUUAAAUAGAGAUGAGCGGGCGAUCCUGAAAUGUUUUACGGCUCAAUCAAAAGAGUGUGAAAGGCUAAUAGCAAUAGUGAAUGAGAAACCUUAUUGAAAUGGUCCUGAUUAAGGUGCGGGAGAAUAAAACGCAACGAUCUGAGUUUAUUCAUGAAAAUUAUUUCGUUUUACAUCACAUUGGGUGCUGCCACCUGCUCGUAGUAAUCACUUGAAUCGAAAGUGCGCGUAGUAUGUGAAGAUAGUAGAAGAGUAGAAGCCAUUCAUUGGUGUAGAAUUGGUGUAGAAUAGUCGGAGAUUUAACUGAACAAACGAUUACAGCAACGAGUUGGUCAGAGUUUUCUUGAAAUGGAUUGUCCGAUAUGUGGAAAAGAGUAUCAAGCCUCACAAAUUGAGAGUCAUGUAAAUAAAUGCUUGUUUUUAAAUGACAUGUCAGAAAAUAAAUCUGCAUCGACAGUGAGUGAGGGUAAUAAGAGACCCUUUUCUGUCGGACCUGCCGCUGGAGGUAAUGAAAAACGAAAACCGACAGAACCUCUGUCGAAAAGGGGAAAGUAUUCGCAGUCUGUGCAAUCCAGUGAAAGUGAUGACAAUUAUCAACAAGAUUCCCAUGCCAAUUCUACACCCCAGGCAAAGAGGGUUUACCUUCCACCAAAGACUGGACUAGUGAACAAUAAGGCAUUAACAAAAAGUCCUGUGAAUAACAAGAAAACCUACAAAGAUGACCAUGUUCCACUUGCUGAGAGAGUAAGGCCCACUGCUCUUAGGACUUACGUAGGUCAAAAACAUGUUCUUGGUCCACAAUCGGUUCUCUUGCAGCUGCUAGAAAAAAAGGAAAUCCCAAGUAUGAUUUUGUGGGGACCGCCUGGCUGUGGAAAGACAUCCCUAGCAAACGUCAUUGGUAAUAUGUGUAGAAAAUCACCAGACGGAAAACUGCGGUUUGUGAAAUUAUCCGCUGCAAUGUCUGGUGUAAAUGACGUCAAGGAUGCAGUUAGUCGAGCAGCAAAUGAACUGAAGUUUGGUCGCCGAUCAAUAAUGUUUAUGGAUGAGAUACACCGCUUCAAUAAGCUUCAGCAAGAUAUAUUCCUACCACACGUUGAGGCUGGGACAAUAACCUUGGUAGGUGCGACAACUGAGAAUCCGUGUUUCAGCUUAAACUCAGCCUUAUUAAGCAGAUGCCGUGUCGUUGUCUUGGAGAAGCUGGCAACUCCAGAUCUGGUAUCGAUUAUCCAGAAUGCUGUCACAUUCUCAGAUGGUAGAGUCCACAUUGCCUCCGGGAAACCAGCUUCAAAUGAGAAAAUCGAAGAGAGGAGUUCGCAUGAUUCGGAGUUUGAUUCCACCAGCUCUCUCGAAUCUGAAGACACUUAUCCGCCAAGGUUCUUGGUCGAUGCACAGACUGUGCAGUGGCUAGCUGAAACCUGUGAUGGAGAUGCACGCAUUGCUCUUGGAGGUCUGGAACUAGCUAUUCAAGCUAAGUCACCCAACGAAGAAGAAUUUUUGAAUCAAGGUCCAGGUCUCAUAACUUUGGAUGAUGUGAAGGAGAGUCUGAAGAAGUCUCAUGUAUUGUACGACAAGAAAGGUGAUCAGCAUUACAACAUGAUAUCUGCUUUGCACAAGUCAGUGAGAGCUAGUGAUGAGAAUGCCGCACUUUAUUGGCUUGCUCGCAUGAUUGCUGGAGGUGAAGAUCCGGUUUAUAUCGCUAGACGUAUGGUAAGAAUGGCUAGUGAGGAUGUCGGCUUGGCGGAUCCCAAUGCGUUAGGUACGUGUAAUCAAAAAAUCGAAUCAUUAGCUACGUAGAAUCUAUUUAACUUUCCCAGGUAUGGCGGUAUCGGUAAUGACUGGCUGCAAGAUGAUCGGUAUGCCAGAAUCUGACGUUUUAUUGGCACAGUGUGCUGUUUACUUAGCAAGAGCUCCAAAGUCUCGUCUUAUGGAAGAUGCUCUUAGAGCAGCUCAAAGAUUA